GUGGUAGCGUCCCAUAACCGAAGUUUCUAAGUAGUUUCAACAUAAUGGUAGCGGUAAUCAUAUAUGAACUACAUACUAGCAUCGCACCCUAUUCUUUAUUACCUAUGUUUUCCUAUAGUACUCCAUGGGUAAAGUAGUACGAAACACUCAAUUAUUUUCUGAUUCACGCGAUGCAUUUGCGUCAUCGUGUCUAACCUUACAAAGCAAUCCGCUGUAGUGGAUAUAAAGGAAAAUAAAACAAACUUUUGACAAGUGCCACUACGACGGAAAAUAUGGCAAAAUGUUUUGGCUGUGGAUAUCUUCUAACAUUUCUUAUUGUAAAUUUAGUUGCUGCAGAACGAAUAAAGGAUAUGAUUUAUAUGACAUUUGAUGGAGUUGCCGCUUGUUUUCGUAGACAUAAUGGAACACAUCAGUUUGGAUGUUCUUCUAGUAGAUCAGGAAGUGUCGGUGUUAUUCAUUUGAUUGAAGAAGAAAGUGAUGUUAGAUGGAUUGAACAUAAUGCUACUGCUGGUCCUUAUACUGUAGUAAUUCCAUUUUCCAUGUUUACAAAAGAUAUAUUGUUUAGAUUAAAAAAUACAAACAACAUAAAUGGUGUUCUGCUUGCGAAAAACACUAGUCAAGCAAGUCCAAAUUAUUAUUCUCCUGAAGAUACUUGCCCAAACAGGUAUUCAGGUUACAAAAGAUGCAAUGAUGCUCUCCCUUGGAAUCCUGAUGGAUCUGCUUUACUUAUGCAGGAUUGGCAAUUUCCAAUGUUUUACACAGAGAAUCAGACAUUAAUAGAAGCUAUAAAAUCUUGUUUCUGGACACAUAACACACAUGACAUAGAAAAUCAGCAAUAUAGAUCUUUAUGUGCAUUAGAAAUGAGGUCAUUUAUGUUUGCUGCAGUUAACUCUGAAUCUUGUAUCAGACGUAGUGAAUUCAAACUAAAUUAUAUACCAACACAGUUUUGUGAUCCUUUGGGAGACAGGAAUAUACAUUGGCCUUUAGCUCCAAUUGAUAAAGACAAAAAUUCAGUGAUAUUGGUAACUGCCAGAUUAGAUGCUUCUUCCUUAUUUGAUGGAAUAUCACCUGGAGCAGAGAAUGUUGUAACAGGAUUAGUAACAUUACUAGCCACUGCUUAUUAUUUGAAUAUAACAGCUCCAAAUAUUGUAGCAACUCAAACAAAUGUUGUUUUUUCUCUAUUAAAUGGAGAAGCCUUUGAUUAUAUAGGAUCCAGUAGAUUAAUUUAUGAUUUGAAAGAAGGUAAUUUCAAUGCAUUAGGUGGAGUAAAUUUAAAACUUGAUGACAUUAAGACUGUAAUCGAAUUUGGUCAGCUGAAUAAGGGGAAAUUGUAUCUUCACUCUAGUAAUGGCAAGAACAACGAUAUAAUAAAUAAAAUGAAGAAAACAUUGAAUGCAGCUGUUUUGGAAGGCAGUGUUCCACCUACAUCAGUACAAAGUUUCUUAGCAGAAAGACCAAAUUUAACUGCCGUUGUUAUUAGUAAUCAUGGUAAACAGUUUGAAAAUAGAUUUUACAAUGGAAUCCUAGACAAUGCAGAAAACCUUCAUUUUAACAAAAGCGAGGAUAAUGAGCUUUCCACUGCUUUGGCAAAAAUAGCAAUUCACAUUGGCGAUAUUCUUCGUGAAAAUGUUAUUGGUAAUCAAGCCCCAGUUGCGGAUGGGGCUGCGGAUAUUUUUGAAUCAAUUGAGAAUCUUAUUUCUGAUAUGUUAUCUUGUUACUUGGAAAGUGCCAAGUGCCAUUUGUUUCGCGCUGCUUCAUCACCAGGCGCCAAAUUAAUUAAUCAAGUCUUACCAUUGUACGUUGGUGUACAUAGGGUAGCUAAUCCUGCCACUACUUUAACCGGUCAGCUUCUUGCCUAUCUGACCAGAAAAGAAAUACCGCACAUGAAUGAAACGUCAUGUUAUGAAAACCAUUAUCUUUGGAUGGCUGGCGAUAAUUUAACAGGCAUAUGUAUUAGUUCCACCGUAAAUUAUAGCGCAGCUAUGAGCCCAGCAUUUAUUAUUGAUGGAUAUGACAUGAAAUCGGGUGUUUAUUCUACAUGGACGGAAUCUACGUGGCAAACAUUAAGCGUAAGAAUGUUUCUUAAACCUUCAGCAGCUACAGAGCGAUUGACAAUGAUUUUAGGCAGUGCAGUGGCUGUUGUAUCGUUCCUUAUUGUAUGGUUCAUUAAUUCCCGAGCUGAUAUAUUGUUUAAUUCACGAAGAACAACCAGUUGCUAGGGAUACGCUGCGGACCACAUAUCAAUGACCAGGUUGGAUCAUCGAGAAUACGAAGAUGUUCCGGUAACUAGCCUUUGAAAGUAUGUGUGGUACGCCCUCGGACAAUUUUUGUAUAUCUCAAAGUUAAAAUAUAUUCCGACGCCAUCGAAUUUUUACUACAGUGUCAGUGCAAAAUUGUGACAACAAUUUAAUCAAACUUUUGCACCUUGGUAACAUUCGUUAGACAUGACCAGGUGCCUUCCCGCUGUCGGUCACUCCAUGUGUGUGAUGUAUGUAUGUACAUAUACAUAUAGGCUGAACUUAUGUUCAGCGAGUUACCACUUGGUCAUGUCUAGUAUACGUAAUGAGAACGAUUGUAUAAAAUAUUCAAGAAGUAAAUAAGGUUGUAUGCUUGGAAGCUAUGAUUAUUACUUUUUGAGCAUUCUGUACGUUCGUUUCAUUUAUCACGGUACGUCCCCUUUUCUAAUAUAAUUAUCUAUAUUCAAAUAUAUACAUUUUUAUAAAUGUUAUGUGUAUUCAGCAAAUAGGUAGAAUUUUUUGUUAAAUUCUACGAAAAGUUGAUACUUACAAAGUAUUACGCCUGUAUCGCGAUUAUAAGCAGGGUAUGCUAAUUUCAAGAAGUGUGUAUUGAGUUCUUGAUUUUGUUAAAAUCCAUUUGUAUGGAAUAAUAAGCGUGCACAUUUUAUUUAUACGCGUAAUGUAAAUUACAUAUACCGUUUACAGACGGUAUCAUUAGUAUACAUGUAGUACUUUCAACAACUAUUUAAUUCCACGUCGUCCAUUUUUGCAUGUACAUUGAUAUUAUAAAUGUCAUGCAUAUGUUUCAUUCAUAUUUAAGUAUAAUCGUUAUUAAUUUACAUUAUACCUAUUAAAAUCUAAUAAUGAAUUAUUUUAGAAAUCACUUUUGUAUUUCUUCGUUUAUUUAUUAUAAUUAUCUCGUAUCGUAAAUGAAGCGCAGGAUAUUUAAUUUGUUUAGAUACUUUUUCAGAAUAUCCAGAAUAGUUAGAUAAAUAAUUUUAUGAUACUCUUAAAUGAGAUAAUCAUAUGAUAUAAGUGAGCUAAACAAAAAAGUAAAUUUAAAAUAACAAUUUAUUUAAUACUAUAUUUUCAUUAUUUCAUAUGCGUGCAAAUUUAUUUCGUACUCUUAUUUCUCUAUUAUUUGAUAAUAGAUUUUCAGCAAUUUCUAAAACAAAUUUUAUGUAAUGUAGAGUGUACAGAAGUUAAUGCAGAAACCAUUGUAAAUAACUUCUGUCUGAAAAGAUACAUACAAGCGUAUAUCAAUUUGAGCAUAUUUUGUAAAAAAGAAUGUGUAAAUAUAUUCUGAAAAAAAGAAACGACAAAUACUGUUCAAUAAAUUGUUUGAUUUCUGAUUAC